AUGGCUACUUUUAAUGAACAAAGAAGAGUAAAGAAGAGAUCUUCGAACGCCUGCUCCAGAUGCCGAAGACAGAAAAUCAAGUGCUCUGGCCAGCAGCCCUGUGCGAACUGCUGCAAGCGAAACCUGACUUGCAUCUUCAAUGAUCGAGAAAAUAAGGUCUUGGUCACCCAAGGGUACCUCUCAGACCUUCUGGCCAAGGUUGCACGACUUCAGCACGUAAACAACGCACCUUCCACUUCAAACCCACCUCUAGAAGACGACCAAAAUAACCGGGAUCGAACAGGGAGAAGUCACUCGCCAGACGAGGCACCUGGGCGGACGGCGCAGUCCAGCGAAGGUGGGACUCGAGAGAGCUCACCGGGGACAGAUGGCCCUCGAGAAGCACGCAACCUGACCAACCCUCUCAUUGAAACCCCUUCCAGGUUUAUGGCAGCUGCCAAUGGACAAACUUUUUACAUGGGAACAUCGUCAAAUUGGUCAUUCCAUGGCCAAGUACUGAGUUUGGUCCAUGAGCAUAUGCAUAAAUCACCACUCCCCGCCGCGGAUUUACUUUUCGAUGGUUCUGCGUAUGACCUUCCAUGGGAUGGCACCCGCCACUUGCUCGAGUCUGCUUCGCCAGUCAUACCGAGCAUCGACUACGCUAUUUUCUUGAUUAAUGUAGUUAAGUUCCACUGCGCUCAGACGAUGCAUGUCUUCGAAGAGGAAGAGUUUAUGUUCAAUCUGCACGCUUUCUAUUCCAGUACAGGCGACAAGGCUAUGUGGAAAGAAAGUUUAUGGUACAUCCAUUUCCUGACGAUAGUAGCAUUCGGCAAGGUGUUUGUCCAGCAGAAGAAUUGUUCAUCCAGACCCCCUGGCUCUGACUUCUUUACACAUGCUCUACAAUUGCUUCCGGACACAAACAGGUUGUGUCGAGAUCCCAUCGUCGCGACGGAGGUUCUGUGCUGCAUUGCACUCUAUCUGCAGUCUCUGGACUCACGAAACGCUGCACACGUCACAAUCGGCCAGGCGAUGCGAAUAGCUCUUAUUCAAGGUAUGCAUACCGACAUGCCAGUGAUGAACCUGGGCGAGGCGACUGUUCAACGCUGUCGUAAGAUCUGGUGGACCAUCUUCGUUCUCGACCGCCGCAUGACCUCGCUGAUGGGUCUGCCACAGUCCAUACGAGACGAAGAUGUGUCCUGUCAGCUUCCAAACUAUUCACACUUGCCUCAGCGAGCAGCUGCUCUAAGCAUGCAGAUCAAGCUUGCCAACGUGCACACCGACAUUGCGAACACAGUAUAUGGUUCGAAAGGGAGGCUUCGCAAGAAGUUCGUCCUCAGUAUCAAAGCAGUCCUCGACAAGCUGUCUGGCCUAGCAGAAGAGCUCCGCAGUUCGUUUCCUCUUCAGGCUGAUGAGCGCUUCGGUGGCAUAUCCAGAGUACCGGCGCACUCUCACCUAUACUACUACCAGACUGUCGUAAUCGUCACUAGACCGCUGCUGUUCUGCUGCAUGAAGAAGGUCUUUGAAUCGCCACAACAAGUCGUUCCUCUGAUAUCUUCGUCCAAGAUUAGAAAAAUGCUUCAUAUGUCUCUGGAAGCGUCGCAAAAGAUACUGGAGAUUCUCGAAAGCUUACGAGACCAAGGACUGCUCGAAGUAUUCCUUCCUUGGGAUCUUGAUGCGCUUUUCGUAUCGACCAUGGUCCUCAUUCUUACUCGCUUCGUCGAUUCCACCCUCUUAGACGACCGGACGCUAUGGCUAGAGAAGGCUCUCGCGCUCAUGGAAACCAUUGUUGUUGGUGGCAACCGUAUUGCAGACUAUCGCAUGCGUGAGCUGCGUAGAUUGGAUGAGAUGCUUGCAGAGUAUGCUGCCAUGCAGGAACGACCGCGACUCACCGAGGCGCUCAAUGAUCAACAGAUUACGCAGUCCGACACCAACACCAUCCAGAUCGCAGCAGGAGUUCCUGAAAGUUCUUUAAGUUCGAAGCCCACGUUCACCUCGCCAGAAGACGAUCCCUUGUACUCAGGCUUUAGUGAUGAGGGAAGUGGCUUUGGUGAUGAUCUCACGGCUGAACAGAUCCUAGCGGUCGCUGAAUCUAUGGACAUCGAGGGCACAGAUUGGCUCUCUUUCGGUGUCUUUAGCAACUACCAACCUCUGCAACCUCUAGAUAUGGUAGAUCCAUCGAUGCAGUAA